AUGGAGGUCGCCGCCGACGACCCGCUGCGCCCCACCAAGCUGGCGCUGCUGUCAGAGCUAGGCGCCGGCCAGGGCGCCGCGCCGCGCCUGGCGCGCCUGCCGCUAGACGCUUGCCUGGCCGCCGCGCGCGCCCUGGUGAUGAGGACCGACGAAUGGGAGGCGUGGGCGCCCGGCGCGGCGGCGCUGCGGGACGUCGCCUCCUGCCUCAGCCCGCGCAACGAGGCCGCCGCGCUCGCGCUGCUGCACGCGCACGCGGACGAGGUCUGCGGCGGCGACGCGGCGCGGGCGCGGCGGCUAGCAGAGCUCUCUGAGGGGUACUGCGCCCGCACGGGCGCGCCGGAGCCGGCCGCGGCGCUGGCUGCAGAUGCGGCCCCGCCGCACGCCGACGGCGGGCCCGCCGGCGGCGCGCCCAUGCCGGCGGCGGCGGCGGCCGGCCGCUCCCCAGCUGACGCUCUCCAGGCGUGGGCGGAGGCCCACGGCAUGGACACCGCGCUCGCCCCGGCCGUCUUCCCCGGCGGCCUCCGCGGCCUCGCGACGCCGCCCGGCCGCGGCGCGCUGCCAGCGGGUGCGUGCGUCCUGAGCCUGCCUGCGGCGCUGCUGAUCACGUACCAGACGGCGCGCGAGUCGGAUCUGGGUAGGGCGCUGGCGCGGAUCCCCGGGCUGGAUGACGAGGCGGUCGCCGUGAUCUGGACGAUGGUGGAGCGCCACGACCCGGACGCGGACGCGGCGCCCUUCUGGGCCGCGCUCCCGCAGCGCUUCUGCACGGGCCUGAGUGCGCCAUCCGCCCUGGUAGACCUCUUGGCCGGCACGCCCUGCCACCAGACGUUCUCAGAGGCGCGCGCCCACCUGCGGCACCAGCACGCCGCGCUCACGCCCGUGUUCCGGUCGCUUCUGGCGGCGUACGGCCAGCACCUGCGGGCCGAGUGGUUCGAGUGGGGCGCUUUUGCGUGGGCGGCGGAGCUUUGGUAUGCAUACGCCAUCCAGGUGCGCUUCCCGGACGGCGUCACCCGCCCCGCGCUGGCGCCGUUUGCCAGCCUCCUCAACCACAGCCCCUGGCCCCACGUCGUCCGCUUCAGCCAGGUCGACGCCGUGUCCGGCUGCCUGCGGCUGCAGCUGCUGCGGCCGGCGGCGGAGGGCGAGGAGGUCUGCCUGUCGUAUGGGCAGCUGCCUAAUGAGGAGCUGCUGCUGUUCUACGGUUUCGUGAUCCGAGGCAAUCCCUUUGAGCGGCAGGCCGUGAGCUAUGGCGAGGCAGUGGCAGCGGAAGCCGCGGCAGCGCUGGAAAACACAGCAGACCCGGCGGUGGCAGCGGCGGCUGCAGCUGCGCCGCCCGAGAGCGGCGGGAGCGGCGACCAGGCCAGGGCAAAAGCGGCGGCCGAGCUGCGGCGGCAGCGGCUGGCUGCGCUCGAGCGCUGGGGGCUGCGGCCGGAGGCGACCCUUUGGUCGAGCUGGCGGGGGCGCCAGAUGCAGCGGCUGCUGCCGGCGGCCCGCGUGAUGGCGGCGGGGCCAGCGGAGCUGCCCACGGCAGAUACACCGACGGCGCCCGCGAAAGGGGCCGGCCGCAAAAGGGCAGGGCGCGGCGCCAAGUGCGGACGGCAGCGGCCGCCUCAGGCGCGGCAGCCGGGCGUCGCGGAGGACGUGUGGCCGUGGAAAGCGAGCAGUGCAGGGAAUGAGGCCGCCGCUGUGGCUGUCCUUGAGGCGGCGGUGGCGCGCGCAAGGGGCCCUUACGAAGCCGCGCUUCGCCGUGUGCGUGCCGAGCUGCAGCGAGCGGCGCAGGCCGCUACAGCGGGAGACGCGCACGCAGGCAGCGGCGCUUCCAACGGCAGCAGCAGCGGCAGCAGCAGCAGCGGGGGCGGCUUGGCGGCCGCGGCGGCGGGCAGCUCGGCGGCGGGCGGCGGCGGCGGCGAGGGUGGGGGCGGCGGUGAUGAGGAGGGGGAUUUCUUCGCGGAGGAGCGCCGCGCGUUUCUGCUGCACCUGGAGGUGCUGCUGUCCGGCGCUGCCGGGCUGCUUGCGCCCCCACACGGCUGA